UGCCCCGCCGCUGCUGAGCCGGCCCGGCGACGCCCGCUGCCGCUGCCGCCAGGUUGAGGACGCUUGGGACGUGCCUGGUGAAGCGGCCAUGUCGCGAGUGACUCGCGCACACUCCCCGGCGAGCUGCCCUCUGCUGAGCCUUGUCCUGGUGCUGCUGCUCCGCGCGGAGGGCGCGCACGCCGAGAGCCCCAGCGAGCUGCCCGCCAACGACACCGAGGAGUGCGCGGGCUCCUACAUCUGCAAAAAGGGCGUCAUUUUACCAAUAUGGGAACCCCAGGACCCCUCCUUUGGGGACAAAAUCGCUCGGGCUACGGUGUAUUUCGUGGCAAUGGUGUACAUGUUCCUGGGAGUGUCCAUCAUAGCCGACCGCUUCAUGUCCUCCAUCGAAGUCAUUACGUCCCAGGAGCGGGAAAUAACCAUCAAGAAGCCCAACGGCGAGACCAGCAAAACCACCGUGAGGAUCUGGAACGAGACCGUGUCCAACCUCACGCUGAUGGCCUUGGGCUCAUCUGCUCCCGAGAUCCUCCUGUCUGUAAUUGAGGUGUGCGGCCAUGGCUUCACGGCGGGGGACUUGGGGCCGAGCACCAUCGUGGGGAGCGCUGCCUUCAACAUGUUUGUCAUCAUUGCAAUCUGUGUGUACGUGGUGCCAGAUGGAGAGAUAAGGAAGAUCAAGCACCUGAGAGUGUUUUUUGUUACAGCGGCCUGGAGCAUCUUUGCCUACACUUGGCUUUACAUUAUUUUAUCUGUCUCUUCUCCUGGGAUUGUGGAGGUUUGGGAAGGCUUGCUCACCUUCUUCUUCUUCCCCAUCUGUGUGGUGUUUGCCUGGAUAGCCGACAGGAGGCUUUUAUUUUACAAGUACGUCUACAAGAAAUACCGAGCUGGCAAGCAGAGAGGCAUGAUCAUUGAGCAUGAGGGUGACCGGCCCUCCUCCAAGGCUGACAUCGAGAUGGACGGAAAGGUUGCUAAUUCUCACGUGGAGAACUUUUUGGAUGGGACACUGGUGUUGGAGGUGGACGAGAAAGACCAGGAUGACGAGGAAGCCAGGAGGGAAAUGGCUCGGAUCCUGAAGGAGCUGAAGCAAAAGCACCCAGACAAGGAAAUUGAGCAGCUCAUAGAGUUGGCCAACUACCAGGUCCUGAGCCAGCAGCAGAAGAGCAGGGCCUUCUACCGCAUCCAGGCCACUCGGCUCAUGACCGGAGCUGGCAACAUCCUCAAGAGACACGCCGCAGACCAGGCCCGCAAAGCCGUCAGCAUGCACGAGGUCAACAGCGAGGUGACGGAAAACGAUCCCGUCAGCAAGCUCUACUUCGAGCAGGGCACCUACCAGUGCUUGGAGAACUGCGGCACCGUGGCCCUGACCAUCGUGCGCCGGGGAGGAGACCUGACCAACACGGUGUACGUCGACUUCCGGACGGAGGACGGCACGGCCAACGCCGGCUCUGACUACGAGUUCACUGAAGGGACUGUGGUCUUCAAGCCUGGAGAGACCCAAAAGGAAAUCCGUGUUGGCAUAAUUGACGACGACAUAUUUGAGGAGGAUGAGAACUUCCUGGUCCAUCUCAGCAACGUCCGUGUGAGCACCGAGGGCGAUGAGGGCGUUCUUGAGGCCAGUCGUGUCUCGACACUCGCCUGCUUGGGAUCACCAUCUACUGCCACCGUCACCAUUUUUGACGAUGACCACGCCGGCAUCUUCACCUUUGAGGAGCCAGUAACACACAUCAGUGAAAGUGUAGGAACCAUGGAAGUGAAAGUGUUGCGAACCUCUGGAGCACGAGGAAAUGUUAUUGUGCCCUACAAAACCAUUGAAGGCACGGCCAAAGGUGGAGGAGAGGACUUUGAAGACACCUGCGGGGAGCUGGAGUUCCAGAAUGAUGAGAUAGUCAAAACGAUAUCAAUCAAGGUGAUAGAUGAUGAGGAGUAUGAGAAAAACAAGACCUUCUACCUAGAGAUCGGGGAGCCCCGGCUGGUGGAGAUGAGUGAGAAGAAAGGUGGCUUCACCAUCACAGAGGAGAAUGAAGAAAAGCAGCCGCUGACCAGCAAGGAGGAGGAAGAGCGCCGGAUCGCAGAGAUGGGGCGCCCAGUCCUGGGGGAGCACACCAAACUCGAGAUCAUCAUUGAGGAAUCCUACGAGUUCAAGAACACGGUGGACAAGCUCAUUAAGAAGACGAACCUGGCCCUGGUGGUUGGCACAAACAGCUGGAGGGAGCAGUUCAUUGAGGCCAUUACUGUCAGCGCGGGGGAAGAUGACGAUGACGAUGAAUGUGGGGAGGAGAAGCUGCCCUCCUGCUUUGACUACGUGAUGCACUUUCUGACCGUCUUCUGGAAGGUCCUUUUUGCCUUCGUGCCCCCCACAGACUACUGGAAUGGCUGGGCUUGCUUCGUUGUCUCCAUCCUCAUGAUUGGCCUCCUGACAGCUUUCAUUGGCGACCUGGCAUCCCACUUUGGCUGCACCAUCGGCCUGAAGGACUCCGUCACUGCCGUCGUGUUUGUGGCCCUGGGGACAUCGGUGCCAGACACAUUUGCCAGCAAAGUAGCAGCAACGCAGGACCAGUACGCAGAUGCCUCCAUCGGGAACGUCACCGGGAGCAACGCUGUGAACGUUUUCCUGGGCAUUGGGGUGGCCUGGUCCAUCGCAGCCAUCUACCACGCGGCUCACGGACAAGCCUUCCAAGUCUCCCCUGGCACACUGGCCUUCUCCGUCACCCUCUUCACCAUUUUUGCUUUUAUCAGUGUGGGAGUGCUGCUCUACCGGCGGAGACCCGAGAUCGGAGGUGAGCUGGGCGGGCCGCGGACUUCCAAGCUGCUCACAUCCUCACUCUUUAUCCUCCUCUGGCUCUUGUACAUAUUCUUCUCAUCUCUGGAAGCCUACUGCCACAUAAAGGGCUUCUAAAGGGACAAUCAGAGAUAGUAAAUAUGUGUAUAUCUAUAUAUAUCUAUAUAGAGUGAUAUAUAGGUAUAGCUAUAGAUAUAAAGCUGUGUAUAAUGAACAGAGAAAGAAUAAAAGAGAUUUGCCAUGUUCACACACCUGCUGAUGGAAAGCGGCUUUGGAGCAUCCUUUGAACUAGGCAGGACCCCAAAGCCGGCAGGACCCUCCCCAGGCAGCGGCCCCAGGCAGGAGCCAGGGGCAGGGCCCUUUCUGCAACUCGACAACAGGAGCGGCCGAUGGCCUCCGAGCCCCUUCCACCGCUGACUCCCACCCGCCGGCCCCGGGAAGAGGAUGUGAGAGCGACCGGGGUGCGCCGGUGUGAGGAAGGCCAGAGUAGCUGGUGAGAAACAGAGCAGUGGGCAAGGGAAGGAGAGGAAAGCCAGGGUUCCGAUCUCCCACCGCCAUCCAGCUGCCUUCGCCACUCGGGAGCAGGCCCUCGGGCCCUGCUGGAGAGGAGCGAGAGACCGAACUGAAGACAAGGGGAAACUGGGAGCUUUCUAAGGAUAGAACACAAACCGUUUUCGUCAUUGAUUUGGGGUUGGUUUUUUUGUUUCGUUUUGGCGUGUGUACAACUAGCAUCUCCCACCCACAUGCCCCUCACCUUUCCCUGUCCAUGCUUUGGGGGUGCACAGCCGCAGCCUCGUGUCCCGUGUCCCGAGCCGAGGCUGCGCGGAGCGGCGGGAGCCUUCCUCCCACUCCUCCGCCUCCUCGGGCAUGCUGUCGUGGUACUUGUAACAUUUGCAUGAAUGAAAUGAAAUCUAUCUGUAUAUAGCAUCCUAUAGCGAUAGUCCUUCCAACCAUGUGGGUUGAGCAUUGCAGAUUACAAGCGUUUUCUUUUCACUGGGUUUUAUUUAUUUUUAGUUAGUUCAGUUUUGCCAUAGGGUUUUGCUCGUUUGUUUGUUUGUUUCCUCUUAGCGGGGGUGGAAAGGAUGGAAAGCUGUCCCCACUUACUGCUCGUGGCGUGGUUCCAUGAGAAGCAAUAACAGCCAUGCAGUUGUAGGUUUUCAGGGGAGGCAAACCCACACCCCAGAGACUUCAGGCUCUGUCCUGCUGUGUGGAUGGGGUGCUCUGACGUGCUGAAGGCAGCGUGAAGGCCUCCUCUGCCCACAGGAGGUGUUACACGAGGUCCCAGGGAGUGGGUGAGCAGUCUGAGGGGAACAAGCGUGGCUGACUCCCAGCACCUCACAUGCUUCUGCCUUUCAAGUCGGUGGCCUCGAAGCCCUUGGCCCCCUGCUAUUCCCUGUACCCCCAGAGGUGUAGUGACAGCCCCUGUUUCUGAGUGUUAAGCCAUCAGGACCAGUCCCCAAAGCUGGUCCUUCCCACAGCCAUUUGGAGGCAGAGUAAUCCCACGUAAGGGCUGAAGGGCCGUACGAGAUCUCCCACUCCACGGAGCAUAGCCAGGACGCAUCCCCCAGGAACAGGUUGUGUUGUGCACUCUCCAAAUCUGAAAUCACUGGACAGGAUGAGACAGGGAGGUGUGACUGAGCAUCACCCCCCUGGUGCCAGGAGUGCAGGCUGGGGUAGAGAGCCGAGCCAGGGAAAUGUGGGUGUAGAGCUCCCCGUGGAGCAGACACUGGGCACUGGUGUUGAGAGAUGUCUCCUGACCCAAUGGCCUUUGCCAGGCUUCCUGACAUUCCAGCCAGGCAAACUCCCAGCCUGCAUGUCCAUGGUGAGCUCUUCCCACUCAGCUGAAAACCAUGUCUGAUGCUUGUACCAUAACCAGCUGGCUGGGGGUAUUUGUACUCAUCUUGAGCUAUCUGUGGAAAUUUUAAUUAACCUGCUGUAAGGUUUUCUCUAGAAAUAUGAAGUUGUGGGUUUUGGUUUUUUUUUCUUCUUGAGCCUUUUUACACUUUUGAUUUGUUUUGGGGCUCUUCUUUUUUGUUUCUUAUUGUUUUGGGGGAAAAUCAAACACAGGUGCAGGUUGUUCAGGUUUAUGAUUACCUUUAUGUACAAUGAUUUCAUUUUCAUCUGUUUGGCUUCAUUUUUUCCUUCGUGUAUUGCCCACCACUAUAGGCAGUGAGUCCACUAAUUGUGAUGAUCCUUAUCAAUGGUACACAAUGCACAGAGAAAUAAAGUUUGUAAUGAUUCCUGAUGGAUCCGGUACUGCUCCUGCAUAUUCUCUAUGGAAAACCCUUCUCUCCCCUCCAGCUGUUUCCCCUUCGUAGCCAUCCUUGACUCAUUGGUUUGCCUUCACCGUGUUUCUGCCUCUGGCAGGGGCAGUGGUGCCUUGGCAUGGCCGCCCCUGCUCCAUCCCAUGCCCUUCCUCCCUCUCCAUCUCCAUGGUGCCUCAGGCUCGGUGUGUGCUGCGGUCCAGCCGGGGCUCACAGCUCAGGGGGAUGCAGGAAACCACCCAGGGACAAAGCUGCAGGGCAGCCCACCCUGCUGGGGCCGGGAGCUGCUCCUGUGCUGCGUCCCUGGCCAGUGCUGGCUUGCCCCAGGCUUGGGGAGAGCCGUGGGUGAGCCCCCAAGGUGCCAAGCAGCUCUUCCUUCAUGUGUCCUCUAUGGAACUGCUCCUGCUCUCGCUACAGCCUCACAGUGACCCGUGCUGGGUUAAGCCAGCAGCUAACUAUGAGGGAGAAUGCAAGAGGUGCAUUACCAGGGCUGGGUCCAUGGGUGCCAAAGCAGAUCUGAGACAGCCCACGAGGCUGGGCUGCUCUCAGGAGGUGCCUGCCCAUACCUCAGUCCAGGUGCUGUGGACCAUUUCAGACCCAUCUGUGUCUCCACACAGCUCAGCCAGCACUGAGGAGGAGAAGUCUCCCCAUGCCCAGGGAUGUUGCUCUUCGCUGUAUCUCAUCCAGCAUGCUGAGCUGUCCCCAGAUAAACCCUCCCUGCAGGGCCUGGGAGGUCCUGCUCUGAGAGCUGAGCUCAAGCACCAGCCCUGGAGAUGGGCCCCGGGCAAGCCCUGCCUUCCACACGGCCCAGCAGAGAGCAGGGCCGGCGCUGCCCAUGUGCCUUUCCAGGCACCCAUUGUGAAAGCCAAGCAGCUCUUCUCACCCAGCCAUUGCAUCUGCUGAAAGGUGAUGGUGAUUUCCCCUCGUCAUUUGCUGCUUCAGAAUGAAUUGCCCUGGCUGAAGUAAUUAACAAGUCAAAUGGGACUUGUGUGGCCACUCAGGUUAGCAGACACUAAGUAACUCUUCUGCUCACAGGGCUUUCCAAAGGGAAGGAUGGAGCAGUGCUUGCUUAGGACAAGGCCUAAGUCACGGGCUGAACACCAGCCCUGUCCACACAGUUGCUGUGUGCCAGCUGUGUGCUUUUGGGCACCUUUACCAGGGCUGUGCACAGUGUGACCUGAGUGUGCCCAGUGCUCGUGGAGGGGUCACGGGGCAGCAGCAGGGGAUGUGCUGUUCCCAGGGGUGCCAGGCCUGCCCUUCUGCACAGUCUCCUCUUUCAACCACACUCUGCAAAGGCAGAACUGUCCUCCCGAGAAGAACCAGCACUGGCUGGCAGUGUGGGAGGCAGCAGGAGCAAGAACACCCCCGGCACAGUCACGCCUUGUCACAGCUCAGCGCCUGGACCCCUGUCCAAUGCCAGAACUCUCCCAUCUCUUCCUCAUCCAGCCUCCCACCCUAGCCUGCACGGCGAGAACAUCGAGCAUCUCUGAUAAAGGCCUGGGUUUAUGGGCGUUGUCAGAAGCAGCAGUUCAAGCCCUUGGCCUCCAGCAUUUCCCUGCCCCAUUUGCUCUCACGCCUCUCAUCACCCCACCAGCCGAAGGCAAACCUUUCCAUGGAAAAGGACACAGCACACGUCCAAAGGACAUUCAGAGACAGGAGACACCCAAAUAACUCCACAGGCCGCUGCCAAGCACGUGGGGACAAGCUGAAGGAGCACACUAGUGACAGCCCAGCCAUCUUGGACAAACCAUACUGCCAGCUCUCCAGGGCUCAGCGGGCGGGAAGGCAAAUGCCAGUGGCAGCCCGGCCGCUCAGAGACGGGCAGAGGAAAAGGAAAGAGCCGCAGUCCGCAGCACCGCGUGGCUGAGCCCACCCGGCUGCCACCUGUGCCAGGAGCUGCUCAGUGCCAAGGUGUGAACCCCUCCUCCACCCAGACGAGCCUCCUGCCCCCGUGGCACCCGUGCCAGGCAGCCGUGCUGUCCCUGGGGCGAGGGGCAGUCGCAACAUCCUUUGUGCUUCUUCAUCCCUGCCCCCUGAAAGGACAGAGGGGAGAAGGGAGGCCUGGAGCCCGCCCUGGUCACGAGCCUGGCCCUGAACUCUCUGCACUAUUUCUGCUGUGGGCAGGGCCUGGGGAAGCAGAGCCCCUGUGUUAUUGUUACAGCUAUUUUUAAAUUCUCGGGUAAGAAUCGUCGGCGUUGGUGGCCAUAUACAUAACUCAGGAGGAAGUUCAACCACAUUCCUGGAGGGACAGAGCUGAGCAUAGCCAGAAAGUGACAGAAAACUUAAUGCUGGACGGUGUAAUUCCAGGACAAAGCCUUGCGUUAUUUUCUGUAAGCUUUGGCACCCAAUCCCACCUGGAGAAACGUGUUUGCAGAGCACCAGGGACCUCUCUGGCCUCUCUGAGCAUGCAGUGACCAACUACUGAUGCCUAUACACGUGCUCAGCACAGCUGUGGAAAAGCCUGUUUAUCUUGUAAAAAAAUGACUUGCACAGGAAAGCAUCCAGAGGCGUCCGUAUUCUUGCAAAAAGCGCCGAGGGACAAUAAAUACACUGAGAUUCCUCACCUUUUAAGGACUUGAGCCUUUCUGCUGUUGGAACUGGAGGUGCCAAGAACCUCUUGCCAGCCAGCAGCACCCCUCCCACGGAGGGAAGGGACACUGCAGGGGAAAGGGGCCUGCCUGGCCAAGCAGGAGCUGUUACCAGCAGAGACAGGCAGGAGCUUGCUGCUGCCAGCAGGAUCUGCUGCUCGUGGGGUGCCCCGAGAGCAUCCAGGGAGUCUCCACAGGGCCUUGCUGUCCCUCUGGCACAUCUCCAGAACACCAGCCCUGCCCCUGGGACUCAGUGCCCCCAAGGGGAGUUCACCACCCUCUCCUGCAGGCUCUGCACCGUCCCUUGGCUCCCUCCCCUUUCCCAAAGGGAAUGCCACCUUGGGGCUGCCCUCAGCACAGCGGGCAGGAGGGCACUGAGGCACCCCCUGUUCCCAAAGCAGGUGCUGUGGAGCCCUGCUGGAGCUGGGUGUUCCAGUGGGAUGCCCAGCACCGGAGGGCACGGGGAAGGGACAAGUGGCAAGGGGUCCCAGAUGCAGAGACCUUGUUCAAGCACUGCCACAGCAUGUCCCCUGCCCUGGCUGCCACGGGCACGGGCAUGCACCUCGAUUCCUGCACAGACACAGCACAGCCUCCAGCUUCUCUGGCUGUCCAUGGGCACCAACCCCAGACAGCAUUUUUAUCUCUUUGAGUCAAACAGCCCCUGGUCUGUUGCUCUGCACCAGGAAAGCUUUCUGGCCCUCCCAGUACACAGCCCGCCCCAGUUCAGGCGGCAGUGGGAAGGACCAUUAGUCAUCCCACCUGAUGUCCUCCACCUUCUGCCUCGAGCCAUCUCAAGGUCCCAAAAUCUACACUCUGUGACAAUCCAGCUGUGGCUUGCUCUGUGCUUGCCUCCCCUGUGAAGCCUCUUCAUAUUCCAUCUUCUCCCAAGCUCCCUGCAGAGAAGCAUCCUGUGUCCCUCCCUCCUGCCCCACAGCUGGGGGUUCCCUGCGUGGGACAGAUUUCCUUCCUCACUGCGCUGACACUUGUUAGCUCAGCCUUGCUGUUUGUGUCUCAAGGCAAAGAUGAACCGGCCCACAUGGAUCUGAGCCCCUAAAACCAAGGAGUAGGCAAACUUCCACACAAACCACACAAACCCUCCUGCUCAUCACCCAGGCACAGUCACAGCCACUACCCACAGGCACAGUUUUUAUUGUGCCACUGUCCUUCACUCUUUAGUCUGUGGAAGAUUUUUUUGCCGAAUUUCCACCAUUAUCAAGUCCCACAGAUGCUCCAACUCCACCCCCCAACCCAAACAUGCCUCUCUGCUUCCAAAACAAACUAAUUUGCUUUAUCUGUGGGUUCAAGGCUUUUCUGCCCUUGCUUGAAAUGGGCAGUUGAAGCAGAGCAAGUUGCAAUGGCUUGGGUUGCUUAUCCACACUUGGAGCUCCUAAAGCCUUGCAGCAUAUGGGAGACUGCCACAGGGCUCUCUCCCUGCACCUCCUGACCUCUUUGUGGAGGUGGGAUUUAUUUCUCCUCCAUUACUUCCACCUCAGAGGAGUGUCUACAGAUGGGAGGAUGAGACCUGCAUGGAACACAGCCUUGCUCUGCUUUCCUGGUGGAAAUUUCCUGUCCAUGGCACUGCCAUCCCCAGGAGUGUGUGCCCCUCUGCCCCAGCCCACAGCCUCUGGCAGGCUCCUUACUCGAGGGGUGUGGGAUUCUGGCAGAUGAGCUGCUUUGCAGAGAUACUUAGAAACAUGCAGAAAUUCCAAGUGCCCAUGAAAUUGCUGGGCUGGCAUGGGUGAGGUUGGAUCCUGGCAGUGCAAAUGUGUCCAAGAGCUUGUUUGGGAGCAUUAGUGGAAGGUUUCACAAACCAAUAGCUUUGUGACUCCCAGGGAUGUAGGGAGGUGCACAAGUGGAUUUCUGCUUGUUUCCUGUAAUGCUGAGAUGCCUCCCUGGGCUUCAGCUCCAGCCCUGUGCCCUGCCUGGCCUCUCCUUGCAGUAGGACCUGCGGUGAGCUGGCCCUUGGCUGAACUGCCCCUGCUCAAAGGAGAACAAACUCAUGCCUGUUUGUGUCUUCAUUCGCUUGCCCCAUGUUGCCUCCUUCAUCUUGCGAGCUCUUGAGAAAAAUGUGCCCAUGCAGGGAGCCUUGCAGGAGCCCUGCUUGUCUUGCUCUUAAUCAGGAAACACACUACUUUUUGCAGCUCGAGAGAGCAAAAGAUGGCAAUAAUAUCUCUUGCAUCACAGGCACUGUGUUAGCAAGGAGGAAAAUGUUAUUUAUUUUUUCCCUGACAAUACUUAUGCUACUUCUUUUUUCCAUAAUGCAUUAAGCAUUAGGAGGCACAGCUCUGCACACAGCCCAGCUCUCAAGACUACCUGUCGAGGACAUUGCUCAGCAAUCCAGCAGUUUUAUUUGUGGACAAACGGCAGAAGGUGGUGCAUUCUCCUAGGAUUCCUAGCUCCUGCUGGAAGACACGCAGCCCUGCUGGCAAAGCCCACAAAACAUAGAUCAAGAGACAAGAGGGCACCGAGCAGACAGACCACGUUCCACCUCCCACCCCAAGGACAAGCCCACAGGAUACUGCCAGCAAAAAGCAGCCAGACUGGCAGCAGUGCUGGGGAACCUUCCCAUCCCCAAGGCAGCAGGUGCCCCUUGGCACUCGCUCCCACAUCGCUGCAAGGGAGCGGCUCAGCGGCUCAGCAUCCCACAGGCACAGCCAAAGGAGCCUCCUGGGCUCCCUGGGCUUCCUCCUGGGAGCAUCAGCCAGAGAGGCCCGCAAGGAGUGGACAUAAUAUUUCAAAGGAGAGAUAAAUGAGAUGAGAAUUAGUUAAAAACCCCUACAGUCGGGGUAAUUUAGAUCCAUCACUUGUUUUCCGCUGUAAUGAAGUGGCUCAAUUACCUUGGUGCUUGAGUGACCACUCCAUUUCUCAAAAGUCAUUUCCACACCCUUGAACAAUCUCCUCCUCCUUCUAGAGUAACCAUCUCAGAAAGAAACACAUCUUUCUUGGCAGAGGUGUAAUCCAUGUCCCUCAGGAGUGGAGGGACAUUCAGGCAGGGAGCUGCUGGACACUCCCCACAGAAAGAGUGUCCAGCUGUCCCAGAGGUGCUCCCCACAGCAAGAGUUCCCAGGACCAGUGGGAUGCAGGAGGGAAGGAGCUCAAAGUGCCUCGCUGGGCCUGAAAGGUGGUGGGGACAGCUGGUGGCUGGAUGCAGCCUGUGAGGGGAGGCAGGCAGCAGGCGUGUGCUGAGUCUCCUCACGGGCACCCCAUGCCAGGGUGGUAGCUGGGGACAGCACUGCCAAGGCAAUUUGUCUUCUGGGAUUUUGGAUGUGCUCCAGAAGGAAUGGCUGUCGCUUUCCUGCUCUCCUCUGGCAGCCACCAAUGUGCCCCUGCUCAGCAGCCCAAGGGGAGCUCCCCUGGCCCCCGGAGCAGCACGGGGCAGGCAGGCAGGAGGAGGCUGUGACCACCCUUCCUGACGCACCCAAAGCCACCUGCCACCGUCAUCCUGUCACCCAUCACCCUGUGUGUGUCCCCCUCACAGCCACAAGGCACUCUCGGGCAGACAGACGUCUUGUGCAAACCUUGACAGAGAGAGAGAGAGAUCUCUGACAGCCCAACCAGCCCCCUGGUCCCCCAGCAGGGACAGGGCAGGCACACCCCGGCUGGACAGAGCCAAAUUAUCCCAAAGCUGGGCUGAGAGUUUGCAGGAGAGCUGGUUUGCCUGGAGAGAGAAGCCAGAGCAUGGGUCACAAAUUGAACUCCCCCUUCCCUCUGCCACCUGCGCCGUGCUUGGCCACAAGCUGGCCCUGCCCAGCUGGUGCCCUGAGCUGAGGGUCACCCCCGGGCUCAGGGCAGCUGGAGCCCCCCGGUCUCUCUCUCUGUCACAGUUCCUCACAAAUUCAAUGGCACAAUGCAGCUACACUAUUUGAAAAGCCAUAAUAUUUGUUGGUACGACUCUUUUAUUACUGUCGAUUUAUAUAUAUAUUUGUUGAUAAAAGAGGUCAUCUUGGGAGACACUUCCAGUCUACUGGGAAAUAAUUGUCCGAUGCUGUAUAUUCUGUACAUGCUGUAUAAACAAAACAAAAUAUGUAAAUCUCAGUGUUGGUGGACUCGGAGGCAGUGCUGCAGGGGGAUUGGGACCAGCGAGGCCAGCGCGGCUGCCAGCGGAGCCCCGGCCCGGGGCAGGGCCUGGCCACGGUGCACGGGCAGCCUGCGGCUCCCUCGGUGCUUUCCCCACGCAGAACGCUGGCCGAGGGCAUUUCACUCUGCCUCCCCCCAGGGUGGCCGGGGCGGCCUGGCCCGGGCCCAUCGGGGGCUCGCAGCACGCCCGGGCUGCCGGCCGCCCGCUCCCAGCCCGGCACGUCUCUGAGCCCGGGCUCCGAGGGAGCCCCUUCCCCAGGGAGGGCGGCCGGUGAGGGCAGGGACCGGCUCCGAGCAUCUCCAGCUCCUUCCCAGCCGCCCUCCCUGCCGGGCUCUCCAGCAGCACAGCUGGGACCUCCUGACCCGACACACGCCGUCAGAAAACCUGUUUCAUAUUCUCCGUGCUAUCAGUCUACAACUUUUGAAAUUAUUGGACACAGUCGUGGUAGCCUAAAAGUUGUGCUGAGCUCAUAUAUUUUUAUAUUUGUGGUGUUUUCCUAUCAAUAGAGAGUAGUGAACCCUAUAGCUGAAAGUGAACUAUUCAAAAUAAAUAUAUGACUGCAGAAAAUAUUUGUAAAAAUAAUUUAUUUUAAAUAUUCUGCCAAAGAUAGCUCUCUAAUGAUCUGUAAGAUGUCGUUUCUCUCUUUUUGCUCUGAAUGUCAUUGUGAAAGGACCUUUCUCCCCAUAUCUUUUGAAGAUUUUUUUUUUUUUUGUAUCUUUAAGGGCAAAGAAAUACUCCAAUGAUUUUUUUACUAGAGCAGUAAAUAGAGUAGCAGGGAGGCACGAGAGAACUCUGCAAAGGUGAUAAACAGGAUCCAGUAAGAAUCUGAGCUCCGGUUUCUCCCGUAGUUCCUCUGGCUGACAGGGCCAGCUGUCCAGCAGGAAGACCUUGGCUGCUGCUGCUGCUGCUGUGGCUGCUGUGUGGCUUACCCAAAGGGGAGAAAUCUCCCGAGAAUCCCUUCCCCAGCCCUGGGGCAUUUGGAACCCCUUGCACCCAAUCUUAGCCUCUCCAUUACGUGUGGGCACCAUUUAUUAGCCCUGAGCAGGCCCCGUGGCACAUGGGGAACCCUCACCCAGAGCUCUGUGGGGCUUCAGUCCAAAGCCAUUCCCUCCCUGCUGCUGCCAGCAGCCCUGAACCAUGGCACAGGGAAUCCUGCUGGCAUCCAGGUCUGUCCCUGCCUCACCUGGGGACGGGGCAGGGGACACCCGGCCACCAGGGCACACUUCAGCAAGAGGAGCCAUCCCUGCAGGUACCCAGCUAAAACAGGGCAAGUACAGCCUUUUACCAUGGAGAAGCUGCCUAGACUAGCCUUUGAGAAAUGACUAGGGUUAUUUUUUUUAUUGUAGAGAAAAUCUUCUUUCCCUUCUUCAUUUCUCCCUUUUGAAAGAACUUUUCAAUACUAGGGAAAGCCUUCAUUAUCUUCUGUGAUCCCCAGGUCUCCUGCAGUGGAAAUAAAUCCUCAGCCACCUCCGUUAGGCUCCACCACUUCAAAGAGAUUUUUGGCUCAGAUUUUUUUCUUUCUGAGCAAAUUCACAAUUUCUUAAAUGUCUUGGUCAUAAAGGUCUGGAGGAAUUAAUUGGUAAAAAAAGGAAUCAAAGCCCUGUUCCAGUGAAUGUGUUUCCACAAGCAAUUCAGCUUUUGAUUCCCUCAAGGUCAGGCACGUGUGUAAGUGUUUUACUGGGAAGGGAGGAGGGAAAAGCCGUUUCCAGGCCAUAGGUGUGAUGGGUGUGACGGGAGCACUGCUGCCAUGGGGCGUGGGUGGCACACGGGGAGAACCUGCCAGGGGUCUUGUUCCUCUGGGCUCCCUGAACCCGGGGCUGUGCAGCUGCUGCGCCGCAGGGAAACGCACGCGAGCCAGGGAAGACAAUGGUGAGAAGAAUUGGGUUUCUGAUCACUGUGCAUUUUGUUAAUUAGUGAAUUCAAAUAGUUUUAUUUUUACCAAAAACAGAUAAUCUUUAUUCCAGUAAAGACAACUGUUGACUUGAGAUAUAUAUAAAUAUAUAUAUAUAUAUUAUUUGAAUGGUUUAUAUCCUGUUGCUCUAACUACAUAAAAUGGAAACAUGUUGCAAGUUGUGUCAUUUCAAUAUACAAAAUAAAUGACUUUUCCCUGCAUGCUGCCUGGGUAUGUUGUGAUUUGAAUUAAGAGUUAUAUUUGAAUUGCCUUAUUCAAGAGGUUGUAUGUUACCUAACUGGGGAAUGACCUGGCACUGUUCAUCACAUUACACGUGUACUCGAUGCUGUGUUUUGUCAAAUUCAGAUGAGUUGUCUGUCAUCUGUGUAUUUUGUGGGAGAUCUUUUAUCUUGUUAAACUGUGAUAUGUAAACCUUCAUUGCCUGAAAUAGUCACAGUUGUAUAAAUCAGUGUCUUCAGCUGUUUUCCUAAUUUUAACACAAUUCCUAACACAAAAUAUAGAUGUUUGUAAAUUCUUCA